AUGGCGUACAAUAGGCCGUACAACCCCGAUGAGUUGCCCAGGUUCGCAGAGCCGGAGCAAAAAGGGAACCUUAAGUCACCACUCUCAACUCAACCACCGCCGUCUUCACGAUACGAAUCCAAACCUCCCCCGCCGCGUCCCGUCGAGCACAGGGGCUCCGGCGACCCAUACGGUACCCACCCGCAAGCACGGCUGUCACCUAGAAACACUGCCCUGCCGCCAGACCGGUUCGGCAUGAGUCCACCCCCGACUGCCGUGGGCGCCCGGCCAACCCACCACAGCCUCCCGCCGGCCAGAUCGCAACCGCCACCGAGCCCUGCGCCGCGCGAUAGCUCCGCCGACCCGACUCUGCUCCCGCUCUUUAGGGCCGUCGACAAAGAUGGCACCGGCCAGCUCUCGGAGAGGGAGCUUUCGGCGGCGCUCGUCAACGGCGAUUGGACGGCCUUUGACCCGCAAACGGUGCGCAUGAUGAUACGCAUGUUCGACAGCGACCGCAGCGGCACCAUCGGCUUCGAGGAGUUCUGCGGGCUGUGGUCGUUCCUGGCCUCGUGGCGGUCGCUGUUUGACCGCUUCGACACGGACCGCUCCGGCAAUAUCAGCCUGGACGAAUUCAGCAACGCCCUCGUCGCCUUCCGCUACCGCCUCAGCGACCGCUUCGUCGAGACCCUUUUCCGCACCUACGACAAGCGCAACGAGGGCGUCAUGAGCUUCGACCUCUUCGUCCAAGCUUGCAUCAGCCUCAAGCGCAUGACCGACGUCUUCAAGCGGUACGACGACGACCGCGACGGCUACAUUACGCUGAGCUUCGAGGACUUCUUGACCGAAAUCCUCCGCCAGCUGAGAUAA